AGUAUUCCGCUUAGUCACUUUGGCGGAGUCUGUGUGAACUUCAGCUGCGUUGAGCUCUGCUGCGGAAAACUGUCAUCUCUCAGCCGCAACACUCGAGUCUGGAGCAUCAAGAGCAGAUUCCAGAUGGAAGAAGCAGAUAAAGUGUCCUCCACUGCACCCGAUGAUGGAGCUCCGCGCGAUAUCAUCAUGAAUGAAGCCGCUGCAAUCGCUCCGACGCCGGCAGACGAGACGCAGCGCAGCGCGGAGGAGGAUCCACCGGAGAACACUGACCUUACCACUACAGAGAUAACUAGUGCUCCACAGAUUACUGAGAUAACUAACCUUACCACUGCAGAGAUAACUAGUGCUCCACAGAUGACUGAGAUAACUAACCUUACCACUCCAGAGAUAACUAGUGCUCCACAGAUGACUGAGAUAACUAACGUUAGUGCUCCACAAACAACUGAAGAAACUAUUCUUCCACAGAGAACUGAGGUAACAAGUGCUCCACAGACUGAGAUAACUAGUGCUGCUCAGAUGACUGAGAUAACUAACGUUACUAAGGCAGAGAUAACUAGUGCUCCACAGAAAGCUGAAGAAACGAUUAUUCCACAGACGACUGAAGUAACGGCUCCACAGCAGACUGAGGUAACUAGUACUGCACAGAUGACUGAAGAAACUAUUAACGCCAGUGCUCCACAGAAGAGUGAAGAAAGCGUGACUGUUACCCAGAUAGCUGAGAUAAGCAGCACUUGGCAGAUUACUGAGGAAACUAGUCCUCCAGAGCCAGCAGGAGACAGCUUUACUCCAGCAGCGGCAGCAGAGACUCCUGGAGCCCCGUCCUCCUGUGAGCCGGAGCCGAGGGAGGAGAGCGGAUCCCCGCGGGAGGAGGAGGAGGAGACUCCCCCAGCAUCUCACCCCGAGCCGGAGAACCGCACACACGCCUCGUCUGAGCACCGAGAGCCGUCACCAUCCCGUGAACCCGAACCCUCUGCUGCUGCCGUCGCUCCUGCUCUCCUUCAGUUUUCUUCAGACCACUGCGAUUAUCCACCAGUAGCUUCACGGGCCAGCGCUAGUCUUGCUAUGGAUCCGUUGGGACAUAAGGACUCGGCAGCAUUCGACCCGGAUGUGCUGAGCCAGUCUGAUGAUGACUUCACGUUCGAAACAAAAAAGAGUCCAUUCCAGGCAUUCCCCCCGGUGAGUGAUGGUCUCGAGGAGACCACCGCUGCCAGGAGAUCAGUGGAGGUGUCUGAGAGUCCGUCUCCAGACCUGGUGCAGGACGCGUACGAGGAUGGCCAUGUGCCACCAGAGGAGCUCAAACCAGAGACCGAUGCUGAUGCGCCGGUCUCUCUUUCGAAUGCACUAUCCGACCUUUUUUCAAACAUCAACAUGGCAUCUGAUGACAGACCAACAUCUCUCCCAGAUAUUCUCAAAUCUUCUCCGCUGAACCCUGAAAAACUGGACUCGGGCUCAUCAGAAGGAAGCCCUGAUUUCAGCCCAGUUCACAAAAGUGUGGACGAUUCCCCAAAUUCCCCAUUCCCUGUUAACAAUACCUUUGAGUUUGACUGCAAGAACUUGCUGCUGAAGGAGAUGGCUGAGGAGACGGAGGCCAGAGCUGUGGAGAGGGCAAAGCUGGAGGCGGAGAACAACUCCAAGCAAAGUUUCACUGCUUUUGAUCUUGUGAAAGAGACCGACGUGCCUCCAAAGAGUGAUGAUGUUCUGGAGGACAAAGAGGUGACCAGCCAGACCGCAGUUCAGACGGCUGACCGAUUCGAGUGUCUCGGCUUCCCCGGGGAGCCAUCUGAUUCUGAAAGUCUGUCUGCAGACUCCUUCUCUCCGGUGCUGGAUGCAGUCACGCAGGAGCGGCGAGCCACCCAGGGGGCGAUGGACACUGCUGAGGAGGCAUCGGAGCAGGAGGUUUCGUCUGAAGAGUUCGAGUUUGUUGAGCGGCCUCCACGAGCGGCCACUGAGGAGUUUCUGGAAAUGCAAGAUAGCCUGGCCUUCAGUAAACCCUCAGAGAUGUCACAGGAUGAAGAUGGAUCUCCUAAACUUGAGCCUCAGGAGGCAGCAGAUCACACGCCUACGAUCGAAGCCGCAGACCAAAAAAGCUCUUACCAUAUCCUCACCCAGGCAUCAGACAAACCUUGUCCUGUGAGAGGUAAAGCGGUCCUGGAGUCUGAUAUCCAGGACCUCUCCCCAGCUCCUGUAAUCUGUCCUCCAGAGGAUAAACCUGGAUCUGAGGAGAAGGAAGCUGAAGGCAGCAUGUGUGAUCUGAGCGCAGCGGCAGUGCUGGAGCUGCUGUACUGGAGGGACGUGAGGGCCAGUGGGCUGGUGUUCGGCUGCAGUCUCUUCUUCCUGCUCUCCCUCCUCAGCUACAGCAUCAUCAGUGUCCUGUCCUACUCCACCCUGGCCCUGCUGACCCUCACCCUCCUCUUCAGGACAUACAGGGGAGUUCUGCAGGCCGUCCAGAAGUCUGAUGAGGGGCAUCCAUUCAAACGGUACCUGGAUCAGGAUGUAGCUCUGUCUAAGGAUAUGGUGCAGAGGCACAGUGACGUGGUUCUGAGGCGGAUCAACGGUGCAGUGAAGGAGCUGCGGCGUCUGUUUCUGGUGGAGGACAUGAUCGACUCGCUGAAGUUCGCUGUGUUUCUGUGGGUCCUCACACAUGUGGGUGCCUGGUUUAACGGACUCACGCUGCUCAUUCUCGGACUGAUUGGAGCUUUCAGCGGCCCAAUAGUCUAUGAGAGACAUCAGGCUCAGAUCGAUCAGUUCAUUUUGACGCUGAAGAGCCGUGUGAAGGAUGGCAUGGGCCAGAUUCAGGCCAAGGUUCCAGGAGCGAAGAAGAAGUCGGAGUGAUUGUGGACCAGCUCUGAUCUCCUCUCAUCAUCUUCGGCUCUGUCUCUGUCUCUGUCUGUUUUCCUCACUCUUCGGUUCAUUCUCAUGACUGCAUCUUCAUCAAGUUGCUCUGAUACUGAUUGUGAAACACUGGUUGCAGAAUAAAUUAAAUAUAAUGUUUAAUGUCUGAGAAAUGUGGUUUUGAUCCUUCAGAAAAUGAAAUGCACUUCAGGUCUGCUUUCCUUUUUAAUGAAGGAAGUUGAAGAGUACCAGUAUUGGCUUUUUGUGACGUUUAAGUUCCUAUGACUGUGAUUUUACUUGAUUGACUGGAGUUUCUCUGUCAUACUCUCUUAUCUUAGCAACUUUUCUAGAUAUCAGAACAUUUGAGCUCCCCUGCAGGAUCAUCUCUGGAUGAACACGUUUACAUGAAGCUUCCUCAACAGAAGUUAUUGUAUUUAAAUCUAUUUAUCUCUGGACCGAUUGCUAAAGCGAGCAGCGUUUGCCAUGCUAAUAACUGAAUGAAACGCGUCCCGUUGUCUGAACUCUGUGAAUGCAUUUUGAGAUGUUAAUGAGAACCAAUAAAGCUUGUAGAUCAG